AUGUCAGAUGACGAGUCUGCAGUUGAAAGCGAGGAUGACCUCGAGGACCUCUUCCACAAGCGUAGAUGUACAGACAUCCCCUGUUGUCUGGUUUUCGUGUUGGCCCUCGGCGCUUUGGUGGCAAUGCUUGUCUAUGGCGCAAUCUACGGUGAUGCGAAAAAGCUGAACCAUGGGCUUGAUGGCCAAGGGCGCCAGUGCGGUGUUCAUAGCGACGUGGUUGAAAGGCCGCUGCUUUACUUUUGUCCUGUGGUCACAUCAUCCGGAGAACAUACAGUGAACUUGGAUGAUCCGGUCUGUGUGUCCGAGUGUCCGAGUCCUGGGGCCUACGUGGCUGCAGCCAGCGCUGGCUGUGCCGUUCCCGAGGCAUAUCCAACGACACAAAUCGGCAGCCGCUACUGCUUGCCUUCUGGGUCUGAUGAAGCGGUUGCUCGCCGCCAGGUUGAGCAGGGCAUGAGAGACACGGCCGCGGAAAUCUUCACGGUGCUCAUCCGUAUAGGAAAGGGUUGGCGGGUGCUGCUUCUGGCAGUCGUGCUUGCCUGUGUGAUGGGGUAUCUUUUCCUGUUCAUGCUCAAGACGGUAGCCAGCUGCAUCAUUUGGUUCUGUGCGCUGGUGGGCUUGGCAGCCUUUCUUCUCCUGGGUGCCUUUCUGUGGGUGCAGUCAGAGGAUGCUACUGAGUGGGCAACAACCUACAAGGUGUUGGCCAUCGUCUCUUGGGUUGCCAGCCUGCUUGUUGCCCUCCUCAUCUGCUGCUGCCGCCAGGAGGUGAAGCUAUCGACGAAGUGCAUGGGGCAAGCUGCAGUUGUCAUUUGGCGAAUGCCAAUCCUCCUCCUGUCUCCACUGCUCAAGGCUAUCAUCAAGACCGUUCUGUUCCUUCUGCUGGCAGCUGGCUUUAUCCACCUUCUGGCCACAGGCGACGUGUCUGGCCGUGGCAGAGAGCGUCAUCUAGAUCUAUCAGGUCCGCAGAAGACAAUGUUGGUUGCUUACGCCUUCAUUGCUUUAUGGGUGCUGGCAUACGUCAGUGCACUCUAUCAGUUCUCCAUCGCCUAUGCGACAGCCAAAUACUUCUGUGCAAGCAUUGAGAAUGGCCGCAAGGCUGUUCCUGCGUGCAGUGUGUGCGAGGGUGUUCGAAUGGGGCUUUGGUACCAUUCCGGAUCUCUUGCUUUUGGCUCUUCUUUGAUAGCCGCUCUAGAGUUACUGCAAAGACUGCUAGAGUGGGUGGAGAAGAAGAGCAUGGAGGCUGGCGAGUUGAACAAGGUCAUCACCUGCUGUAUCUCCACACUCCUCUGUUGUUGCAGGUGCUUGGAGGGAGUUAUACAGUUCAUCAACAAAAAUGUUUACAUCGAUAUCGCCCUGACCUCCAAGAACUUUUGCUCGGCGCUGCAGAGCAUCGCCAAGAUCAUGAUCGACCACGGCGCGGCAAUGGCCAUCCUUAACGGUGCAACGUGCAUCUUCCAGGUUGUUGGCAUGGCGGCAAUCACCGCGUCAUGCGGGCUUCUCUCUGCCUGGCUGUUGUCGGCUGACAAAUAUCAGGAUGUGACAAGCACUUCGUAUAUUCCGAAUCCCGGAUAUGCGAUUGCUUUGUCAGCCUUUCUGUCGUUUCUGGUGGCAUGGUCCUUCAUGGCAAUUUUCGAUGUGACGUCUGACACCCUGUUAAUAUGCUUUGCUGAAGACAUGACGCAAAGUGGCGGUGCGAAGCAUGGGCAACACAACCAGGACUUGAAGAUGAUCUAUGAAGAAGCGCAGGAGCGUGCCAGAGAGAUGCAAGCAACCGAAGCAUCUUCGGAAGAUGAAGGCCAUCCUCAUCCAAAGAACCGCUUUGUAUUUCCUGCUCCGGACCCAUCUUAUGGACCCCAGUCAUAUCGAAGGCACCUAUGCUGGAUUCCCUGGAACACCGUCAUCUCACCAGAUCACGCCAAGGAUCCGAGCCUUCAGGACGGCAUUCCCUGUUUGUGGUUUCCCGCGCCGAAGGCAGCCACAGUGAUUCUUUUCUUCCAUGCCAACGCGGAGGACUUGGGUAUGUCGUUUGCAAUUCUAAAGCACAUGCGCGACCAGUUCAAGGUGAAUGUGCUUGCGGCAGAGUAUCCAGGAUAUGGACUUCUUCACCACGUCGAGCCUUCUGAGGAUGGGGUCUGCGAAGUAGCGCUGACAACCUUUCGCUUCCUGGUCGACGUGCUUGGUGUGCGGUACUCACAGAUAGUCCUCUUCGGCAGGUCUUUGGGGAGUGGCCCAGCUGUGUUCCUGGCGUCCCAGUUUCCGGUCGGAGGCCUGAUCCUGGUAUCUGCCUUCUCCUCCAUCCGGGCUGCGGUGGAGAGCAUUGCAGGCAGAUUCUUCGCCAUGGCAUUCCGAGAGCGGUUUCCAAAUCACAAGACCAUUGCCAAUGUGUCUUGUUCCACCCUGUUUAUCCAUGGGGAGUCCGAUGGGCUAAUCCCGGUGGAGCAUUCGGUGAAGCUCUUCAAGCGCUGCCGUGCUCGAAAGCUGCUAGUGACGCCACCAGAUAUGGAGCACAACUCCAAUCUCUUCGGGGAUGCUUCUUUCCUGGCGAUUCCGGCUAUCCAUUUCUUUGGCUUUCCAGGCUACUACACCUCCACGCCACCGCGGCUUCCUGCAAGCAUGUUUGAGACACCCGACCGUCGCUUGCGCCUUGCGGGCCAAGUGCAACAAGAGGGAGGUGCCCGACCCUUCCUCUGUGAUUGCCUGGCCAAACGAGAUCAGCACAGCCUGGAUGCAGGGUUUGCACGUCCUGCGGAUGGCGUGGACAACAUCACCAUCUGCUUGUACAAGGACACCAGCGAUGAGGUCGAGCUGGUGGGUGAAGAGGCGAAGGAACGCCUGAAAAAGAUGGCCGAGGAAGCUUUGCUUGAGAAACAGGCAGUCUCCCAUGUCCAAGCUGAAGGCGACCUAGGAGAAGGUGAGCUCGAAUGGCGGGAGGAGCCUGGGCCUGGUCAGGUGCAAAGCGGAGCUGAGCUUCCGAAGCAGGAUGGCCCGGCACCACUCUGA